UGACCCUUGAUGUGAUGGUGAAAGACUCUGCUGACAAGAAUGUCGCUACCCGUUCCUUGCAACGCUGCUCGGAUAAAAUUAUUCAAAUAUUGGCAAAAAUCAUGCAAGGAAAUCCUACAGUGUUCAUCAAAAGAGCUGAUCUUGCUGAAGCCGGGAUUAAUCUACCGCUUGUGGAUUUAAACGGCCUGCACGAACUCUCUGACAAGCUCGAGUUGGACAAAACUGCGGAAAAACUUCUGGCUGAGUAUGUUCUUAGGAAUCUCAGCGGUUCCACUGUUAGGCAGGUGUGCACAGCUGCCUUAAGAGAGUGUUUGAAGGAGGGGUUGAUGUCCAGAUUGGUGCUGAAGCACAAGAAGAAAAAUAAGAGGAAGAACACAGUGGUGAAAACCGUGUUCAAAGCAUUCAAAGUCUACGAAACUCUGAGGGACGCGGUCCUGUCAUAUUGCACUUCCAACUCCAUCACAUGCACUCCGAAGUGCGUCGACCAGGGUUUCAGCUACAGGCUGACCAAAGAAGGUUCCGCAGCCUUGGCAGUAGAAGACAGUGAAUCCGAACAGGAAACCAAUGAAUCAAACAAUGUGCAGCAGCAGCAGUCAGUUCAAGUUGGUGAGCUCUCAGCUCGGAGUGCUCAUCCAAUCGCCCAGUACCAAGAGGCAAUCGACAGUGGUGAAGACGUUGAUAUGAUGUACAAGCAGGCCACCGCACAGAACACUCACGACUCGUCCUUCGAUUCUGAAUAGUAUAACAAACAUGUUGGGCACCGACGCUGUGAGAGCAGCAAGACGAAGAGAGAGGAAAAGGUUGCUGAACCAAAUUAUUUGUAAGUCCUCUUUAUCUAACACAGAUACAAAAAGUUCUGAUGAGAAGAGCGAAUCUGCUGAAGAAAUUGCAAACGAACAUGACUGUGAAAUCGGCCUUAGAUCUAAUGAUUUAUCCUCUUGCAAUGCAGACUCUGACAAUUCAAACUCAAAUUCAAGUCUCUUCGAUUCUAUGCCAAUGGCAGGAGUUUCAGAAUCAAUUAAAGAGUGUUGCACAGAAUCGAACAGACUUGAACAUGAGUUUGAAUUGUCAGUUUCACAGAUGAGUG